CCCCGUCAUCCCCCCACAUCAUCAGCAAAAAUGGCACGACGACCAGCAAGGUGCUACCGAUACUGCAAGAACAAGCCGUUCCCCAAGUCCAGGUACAACCGUGGUGUACCCGACCCAAAGGUGAGGGUCAUGACCUGAGGGGAAGGUCCAUUUGAGGGAGGGGGCGACUGAGCGUUGGGAUGGUUGGCGUGCAAAGGAGCAUCAGAAGGUGCUCCAAUGACAUGGAUAUCAGAGCGGACCUUUGUCUCUUCAAAGAGUAGGCCAGAAAGGCGUGGAUGGGAGGCGGGGCAAGACUCGCAAACGCAGAGGAUCUGCUGUGAUUCGCAAUGCAGGUGGUACUAGUCCCUAGGCACGCCACUGCCCAUGAUGGAGUCAGGAGGGGUGGGAAACCCGGUUAGCGAGCCAGGACGAGCACAACUAUAGACUUGCCUUGCCAUCCACCAUGUUGCUUACACCAUUCCACUGCUACUGCACUCCCCUCACACAGAUCCGUAUCUUCGAUCUGGGCCGAAAGAAGGCUUCCGUCGAUGACUUCCCCUUCUGCUGCCACUUGGUCUGUGACGAGCACCAGCAGAUCACAUCCGAGGCUCUCGAGGCUGCCCGUAUUUGCGCCAACAAGUACGUGACCAAGACCUCUGGUAAGGACUCGUUCCACCUGAGGGUUCGUGUGCACCCCUUCCACGUCAUCCGAAUCAACAAGAUGUUGUCCUGCGCUGGUGCCGAUAGGCUGCAGACUGGUAUGCGUGGAGCUUACGGAAAGCCCUACGACACCGUCGCCCGUGUCGACAUUGGUCAGAUUCUCCUCUCGGUCCGAACUCGUGAGAGCAACAAGGCCGUCGUCAUGGAGGCUCUUCGCCGAUCGCGAUACAAGUUCGCCGGUCGUCAGAAGAUCAUCAUCUCAAAGAAGUGGGGUUUCACCAACAUGAACAAGGAGCAGUACCAGACCGCACGCGCAGAGAACCGUGUCAUGAGGGACGGAUGCUACCUCCAGUACCUCAACGACCGUGGACCGCUCGAGCAGAACCUGCGCCUCAAGGCCAAGGUCGCUGCCUCGAAGUAAAUCCACCCAGUGGCGAUUGGUUGUCUGAUGAAGGAUGGACGGACAUAGGUCAGGUCUUGGACUUGUUCAGAGUUCAGCAUGCCUCUCGUCUUCCUACUUGGAUGACCCCUCCCGCGCUCCCUCUCCCUCUUGUACACUGUUCCCCGUCUUUUCCUUGACAUUUUCAAUCUCACUCAGCAGCGCCUGCUCCAGCAUGAGCCAGCUAGCUACUUUUGACAUGACGUAGCAUGGUGUGAGACGGCACGACACGGCAGGGCAGCGUACUUCGAGGUCGUGAAGGGGCGAAUGAACGUGUGAUUGAGUGCAUCGAUUGGCAGGAAGUCGGCAUUGUCCAUUCUAAUCAAGAUCGUCGUAAAGCAAAAGCAGGCGAGAGAUACAUACAAAGGUGGG